UUGCCAGGAUGCUGUGGACGUGGGAUAAGACAGAUGCUGUGAUCUUCCAGGGCGUCCUCAGUGCUGUGGUGUCCUUCCUGGUCAACACAGCGACGGGAAAAUGCUGCUGGGCUGUGUUCCUUGGGCUGUGGGGGGUCACCUCUGCUGCGUAUAUUAUUGCCUCAGCUCUCCAGAUAUCUCCAAAAGGACGCGCUGUUCUGAUCACUGGGUGUGACUCUGGCUUCGGUCUCGACCUUGCACUGCACCUUGAUAAAUUGGGAUUUCGCGUGUUCGCCGGCUGCCUGCUGGCGACGGGGGGCGGCGAAGGCUCCCGCAGGCUUCGCAGGGAGGGUUCCGAGAGGCUUCACGUCCUGCAGCUGGAUGUCACGUCCCCCGAGCAGAUAAGGAAGUCGGUGCAGGAAGUCAGUGAGAAGAUGCCGAAGGAAGAGCAAUUCUGGGGCUUGGUCAAUAACGCUGGCUGGGCUACCUACGGCGAACUCGAGUGGGUGACCUUGGAUACGUUUCGCCGUAUAACAGACAUCAACGUCUUCGGGAUACUGGCUAUGACGAAGGCCUUUUUACCGAUGAUUAGGAGAUCUAAAGGGCGCGUCGUUAACAUCUCAAGCGGGUUGGCGAGGAUGGCUGUUCCGAUGAGGUCACCUUACGUGCUCUCCAAAUACGCCGUGGAAGGCCUAAGCGACGUCCUGAGGUAUGAAAUGAAGACAUGGGGAGUCGGUGUCUCGCUCAUCGAACCGGGAAAUUACAUUGCCGGAACGAGUAUUUUCACAGAAAAGACGAUUCAAAACGACGCCUCCCGGAUGUGGGAAGCCAUGAGCGAGGAAGUUAGGGGAGACUAUGGAAGACAGCAUUUCGAGGCGAGAGUCGGUCUCAUGAGGAAAUAUGCCACGGGCGGG